AUGGCGCUGGUGGCGACCCCCUGGCAGGAGGAGCUGCCGGGGGCUCCCGGGGGGCUCCCACUGCCUCCCCCGCCUUCUGCCCCAGGCGCCCUGGAGCCGGGGGUUACCCUGGCCGGCAGUGGUGAGAGCAAGGCCCCAGCGGCCAUGGACUGCCUGGUGUGCGGGGACAAGGCCAGUGGGAAGCACUACGGGCAGUUCACCUGCGAGGGCUGCAAGAGCUUCUUCAAGCGCUCCGUGCGCCGCAACCUGAGCUACACCUGCCGCGCCAGCCGGCAGUGCCCCAUCGACCAGCACCACCGCAACCAGUGCCAGCACUGCCGCCUCACCAAGUGCCUCAAGGUCGGCAUGCGCCGCGAAGCCGUCCAGCGGGGCCGCAUGGCGCAUGCUCAGUCCGGCCCUGGCCAGUACCCCUUGACUAACGGAGACCCCUACGGCUGCCCCUCCUACCUGACGGGCUUCAUCUCGCUGCUGCUGCGGGCAGAGCCCUACCCGACCUCGCGCUACGGGGCCCAGUGCCUCCAGGCGGGCAACAUCAUGGGCAUCGAGAACAUCUGCGAGAUGGCAGCCCGCCUGCUCUUCAGCGCCAUCGAAUGGGCCAAGAACGUCCCCUUCUUCCCCGACUUCCAGCUGACCGACCAGGUCUGCUUGCUGCGCAUGACAUGGAGCGAGCUCUUUGUCCUCAACGCGGCCCAGUGCGCCAUGCCCCUCCACGUGGCCCCCCUUCUGGCUGCUGCUGGCCUCCACGCCUCACCCAUGUCUGCUGAGAGAGUGGUGGCUUUCAUGGACCACAUACGGGUCUUCCAAGAGCAGGUGGAGAAACUGAAGGUGCUGCAUGUCGACGCGGCAGAAUACGCCUGCCUCAAAGCCCUGGUGCUUUUCACCCCUGACGCGGUGGGACUCACAGACUUGUGCCACGUGGAGAAUGUGCAGGAGAAAUCCCAGUGCGCCCUGGAGGAAUACGUCCGGAACCAGUACCCGAACCAGCCCAGCCGCUUCGGCCGGCUGCUGCUGCGCUUGCCGUCCCUGCGCAUCGUCUCGGCCCCGGUGAUCGAGCAGCUCUUCUUUGUCCGCCUGGUGGGGAAGACCCCCAUCGAGACGUUGAUUCGGGACAUGCUCUUGUCCGGCUCGAGCUUUAACUGGCCUUACCUUCCCUUGCAGUGA